AUGCUAAAGUCACCCUCGACUGUGCCUCGCGAUGGCGCAGUCUGUUUUUCUCUCAGCCCAGCCUCGUUCAUGUGUGAGUCGAGUAGCCACACGUUGAAAGGGCUACCGGCGGCGCCAUCCGCCGGAGGCCAGACCGUAAGAUUGGCGCUACUCCGACCCAUUCAUACCAUCCACAGAAUCUGGCCAAAGUCAGGCUUUCAGCUCAACGUCGUCCUCUCUCUUCACAUUCCUAGCCUUCCAGGACCCCUAAGCUUGGCAUUGGCUGAGGCUUCUGAGCCGGAUCUUAGAGGCCGACAAGUUUGGCUUCUUUUAGCCGGUCCAUUUCAGAAUCGUCCUCAAGCUAGCCUCACCAACAGGCCAUCUCUCCGUCCGGCCGGUGUGUUCGCCAUUCGGCUCAACCCCGACGAGUGGCCGCCAUCACGUUCCGAGGGCUUGGUGAUUGAGUUCGGCCUGAGGGUGGAUUCUGUACUACCGGGACCGGCGAAAUGGCUGUACGGGGCACGUGUCAACUGGCGACAUGUCGAACCUGAGUACUGGUCUCUGGCUGGAUCCGAGCUUCGUGGGCCACGUCUGGCUACCGGAUGGUCGUUUCGGCAUGCCAUUCUGGCCUGGUUUCACCUCUUCACUGGCCCAGCCUCUAGUCACACGAUGCCGGAUCGUGACAACUGCCAGCCCACUUUAGGGAACGGAGGUUGUGCAGAGGUGAACGACUUCUCAGGCGAUCGGAACAACCUGACUGCCGGUUACAUACAGUUCAAGUUGGUCUGGUUGGAGUUGUGGAAUCAAGACUUUCAAACUCUCCGACUGACAAGAAACCUUGAUUUCGGUAAAUUAACUCGUAUUUUAGAUGUUUUCACCCUAUCUCGUUUAAGGUGA